AUAUUUGUCUAUUUGAUUCUCCUUUUCGUUUUCUGAGAACAGUAUGAGCUGUCUCUUCUCUGUUUCUACCUCUUUGAAUCGAAUGACGAGUGUCUCUCUUCAUUCAAAUCUCAUCUCGAGCUCUUUUGACCAUGGACCUGGACUUGGACCAGAAUUCGCAUUUCUACUCCCUCUUCGUUGUCUCGGCAGUGCGAAAUUCUCGUACAGAAGAUGCGUUGGAGGCCGUUUCUUUCGUUUGGCUCGGAGACCUACCAUAAAAUGCGAAUUCAAAACCUUGUCAGAAGAGCAGCAAGUCAGGAGGUGCUCCCCUCUUUUAGAGAGUGUGUUACUUCCAAGUGAUAACAUCCCGGACUCUGGAGAUUGGAAGGCAGUUCCAGAUAUUUGGAAGUCUUCAGCAGAAAAAUAUGGCGAUCGGAUAGCACUGGUGGAUCCAUAUCAUGACCCUCCUUCAGAGUUGACUUACAAGCAGCUCGAGCAGCAGAUUUUAGAAUUUUCUGAAGGUCUUAGAGUUGUUGGGUUGAAACCAGAUGAAAAGCUUGCCCUUUUUGCAGACAAUUCAUGCAGGUGGCUUGUUGCUGAUCAAGGAAUCAUGGCCACUGGAGCAAUUAAUGUGGUAAGAGGUACAAGAUCAUCUAAUGAAGAGCUAUUGCACAUAUACAAUCACUCUGAAAGUGUUGCUCUUGUUGUGGACAAUCCAGAUUUCUUCAACAGGAUUGCAGAAACAUUCAUUUCCAGGGCAUCUAUAAAAUUUAUCAUCCUUCUCUGGGGUGAGAAAUCAGGCAUAACUUCUAAAGUAACAGAGGACAUUGCUGUUUUUAGCUUCAAGGAGACCAUAGAAUUGGGACGAGAAAGCCAUCAAAAGUUGAUCAACUCUCAUAAAGAGGAAGGUCUAAACUGCAUUUACGAAGCAAUCAACUCUGAUGAUAUUGCUACACUUGUUUAUACAAGUGGAACAACUGGCAAUCCGAAAGGAGUUAUGCUUACGCAUCAAAAUCUACUGCAUCAGAUAAGGAACUUUUGGGACAUGGUACCUGCAGUACCUGGGGAUAGGUUCUUAAGCAUGCUUCCAUCUUGGCAUGCUUAUGAACGAGCUGCUGAAUAUUUUAUAUUUACUUGCGGGGUUGAGCAAGUAUACACAUCUGUGCAAAAUUUGAAGGAAGAUUUGAAGCAUUAUCAACCACAUUACCUUAUUGCUGUUCCUCUAGUAUACGAGACACUUUACAGAGGAAUCCAGAAACAAAUUUCUGCAAGCUCUACUGCUCGAAAGCUUGUCGCACUUACAUUCAUCAAGAUCAGUCUGGAAUACAUGGAGUUCAAGAGGAUUUGUGAGGGAAAGUUCCUAGCAAGAAAUCCGAAUCAACCUCCAUUUCUUGUUAUGUUUGAGUGGUUGUUAGCAAGAAUUAUUUGUGCAAUCUUGUGGCCGUUGCAUAUUUUGGGGUCGAAACUUGUAUACUCCAAAAUUCUUUCAGCAAUUGGAAUAUCAAAGGCUGGUAUAAGUGGUGGUGGCAGUCUACCAUUAUAUGUUGACAGGUUUUUCGAGGCAAUUGGCGUGCAAUUGCAGAAUGGGUAUGGUCUAACAGAGGCUUCUCCUGUUGUUGCUGCUCGAAGACCUGCAUGCAAUGUUCUUGGUUCGGUUGGGCACCCACUUCGAGAUACAGAGGUCAAAGUUGUAGAUUCUGAAACUGAUGAAAUUCUACCUUCUGGUUCAAAGGGCAUCAUUAAGGUUAGAGGGCCGCAGGUGAUGAAGGGUUAUUUUAAGAAUCCAUCUGCUACAAAACAAGUCCUAGACAAGGAUGGCUGGCUAAAUACUGGUGAUAUUGGUUGGAUUUCUCCCAAUCAUUCAAGAGGACGAAGUUGUCGUUGUGGGGGGGUGAUUGUUCUUGAAGGACGUGCGAAGGAUACUAUAGUUCUUACAACAGGUGAAAAUGUCGAACCAUCAGAAAUUGAGGAAGCAGCUUUGCAGAGUAAUCUAAUUCAACAGAUUGUUAUUAUUGGCCAGGAUCAACGACGCCUGGGAGCUAUAAUUGUUCCAAAUAAAGAAGAGAUAGCGAAGAAGUUGUCUAUUUUAGAUGCUGAUUCUUCUGAAUUCAGUAAAGAGAAAAUGACCAACCUUUUACGUACGGAGCUACAGACCUGGACUUCAGAGUGCUCAUUUCACAUUGGACCAAUUCUGAUAGCAGAUGCGCCUUUUAUGAUUGAUGGUGGCUUAAUGACCCCUACGAUGAAAAUAAGGAGAGACAAAGUUAUCGCUAAAUACAGUGAUCAAAUUGCUGAACUUUACAAGUAGGAUUUUGUCAACAAAUUAUUCAUUGAAGCUAAGGUUCAUCAACUUCUUCAUCGAGGUUCCAGCUUUCACUAUAGCCAGCACGUCAGGGGCUUACUCGUUUCAGCAUCAUGCUCAUGAUGUUUAUUUCAUUGUUUCAUGGGCAAAUUUGUAUCAUUAAGCAUUGAGGUUACUUCUUUUUGUUAUUGA